AUGGAGGACACCUUCUUCAAACUAAAAAUGAAGAAUAAGGACAAGUCGAUUGGGACUCCUCCUCCAAUGAGCACGGAGUUUAGCUUUAAUCCAAUGAUCAAGAAAUCAGGAGUAGAAACCAAAGCAACUGAAAAUGGCACGGAUGAUGCCUCUACUUCUCUAUAAUUCAAAUCAAGCAUACACAAGAUAAUCAACCCAAGGAUGCAAACAUUAGGUGGAGAUUAACCUAAUAAAGAAAACGAAAAUUUCAGUGCAUACAGAAAGAACAAACUGAGAUUUGGCAAAGACACUGUGCAUGAAAUCGGCUACACAUCAAAGACUCUGACUGAUUGGCAGGAGUCUAAAACCUAUCAGCAAGAUGCUUCUCCCUAUAUCCUUAAAGAUUUCAACCUAGCUUAAGAUUCUGAGAGCACUAAAGUUACUGCAAAUUUUGGCUUUGGUGGUGAAAGUAGUCGAAGAUAGUAAAUGCAAGGACUUAUAUCUACAAAACGACUUUUAAACAGAGAUUCAUUAGGUAAGCAUCAAAGUAGGAGUCCUCUUCUACAUAAUUCAAGAUUGCAUUAACAGUAAGAUCUGUAAGAGUAAAAGAGAUCAAUUGAAGAUUAUAAGUUUGAUGAUUCCAGAAAGCAAGCUAAUAGUAAGAAGCAGAGAAUGUAAGAGAGCUUAAAAGACUAUUAAUAGUUUGUGAGCUUGAUUAUAGUCGGGGUCCCUCAUCAUAACCACAAAUAGUUCAUCCUUAAAUAUUUAAUUGACUUUGGCUAUAUAGCAAAUUUCAACAAAGUGCAUUACAUGGCGUUUUCGGAUAAGAGUAAUUGGCUGGCUUUAGUAGUAGAGAAUGAUUAUGAAUUCCUCGAGAUUUUGACAAAGAUUGAUUAAAAAUGCAUUCACAGCAAUAAUAGCAUUAUGAUUACUGUUUAGAGAAUUCAGACUAUGCAGUUGAUGUUUAUCUGUGAAAAUGAAAAUUAGCAGUCACAUCUAAGAAUAUAUGAAUAGAAUGAUAUCAACUAAUUUUUGGGGUAUAGAGUUAUCAAAGAAGCAGAUUCUCAGUAAAAUAUAUCAAAAUUAAGAGAGAUUAGAGAAGAUGAAGAUGAGAAUAGCAGUUUAAUGAAUUCCUAGUUGAAGUCUAGAAGGUAUAGUUCUAUUAAUAAUCUUAGUGUUAUUAAGAAUAGAGAGGAGUAACCCGAGGAAAGAUAAUUCUGGGUAUAUAACAAUAGAUGGAACAUUUGCGAUAAACUUAAGUAGAUUAUUAAUAGGUAUUUCAAGAUUUUAUGA